UUAUUUAGAAGUUUCACAACAAAUAUUAAUAAAAUGUCAAAAGUCGUCGUCAGCACUAAAAAUGCACCAGGUGCCAUCGGUCCAUACAGCCAAGCCAUUAUCGCUAACAACCAAGUUUUUGUUUCAGGUUGUCUCGGUUUAGAUAAAGAUACUAUGGCUUUUGUUCAUGAAACUGAUGUUUCAGCUCAAACCAAAAGAGCUUUAGAAAAUAUGAAAAAUAUUUUAGAAGCUGCUGGUUCAUCAAUGGAAAAAGUUGUUAAAACCACUAUUUUAUUAAAAUCAAUGGAUGACUUUGGUGCUGUUAACACUGUCUAUGCCACUUUCUUCCCAGUUGACCCACCAGCCAGAUCAACUUUUGCUGUUGCCUGUUUACCAAAAAAUGCUUUAGUUGAAAUUGAAUGUAUCGCCAUUCACCAAUGAAUCUCUAAAGCAAAAUUAUAAAUAACACUAUAGUUUUGCAAACCUUUCCCCUAUAUAUAUUAAUAAAGAAAUAAUUUUUUAAAAAA